AUGGGUUGGUUCGGAAGUGGAGGAAGUUCUCCACCAUCUAAAUUGUCUACAGUUAGUGAACUAAAAGAGGAACCUAAAACACAACAGUUUCUUGAAGAUUUGCCUCCAAAGUUCGAAGAUCUGGAACCAAUUCAACAGCAACAACAGUCACAGCAACCACCAAGAGAAAGAGAAGCCACUUUAAUGGAUGCAGCCAAACAGAUUAAACUAAGUGAUUUUACAGUCGAAAGAUUUAUUCAAAUGCCAUGUUUUAGAGAAGCCAUGAUUACAGGGUUUCAAGCCAUGGGUGUUUUGGGUGUUGUCACGUUUUUAAUUCAUAAGAAUAUUAGGAAAAGUUUACAUUGGUCCGUUGGGGGAUUCUUUUUGGGGAAUAUUAUUGGAUGGGAACAAUGUCGAUCAUUAAGAAGAAGAAGUUUCCAUAUGGUUGAAAAGGCAAAGAUGGAAAGAGAAGAAAAAAAUAGAAAGAAAUGGAAUGAAUUACAGAAGAAAGGUGAAGAUGAGGAUUUAAAGAAAUUUCAAGAGUUUAAUAAUAGGGAUUAA